UUCCUGGGACAAAGCCGGGAGCCCUGGGGAGCCCACCUCGCAGUCUUCUCCAUUCGCCCUCUUGCGCGUUCUGCGGGAGCCCCGCCGGCUUCUUUCUGAUAGAAUCCACCCAGUUCUUGCUCAAGGCCUUUGCUCUUGCAUUUUUCUCUUCCUGAGACACUCUUCCCCACUGGGUCUUGAAAUAUCCAGCUUUUCCUCUUUCGGGUCUCAGCUUCAAUGUCACCUCCUCCUAGAGGCCUUCCCUGAUCUCCUUACUCUGAUUAUUUCCUUGCCAGCAUGGAUCACAACCUGAUUUUUCCUUCUCUUAUUGAACUUGUUGUCUGUCUUCUUACCAGGGUGAAAGGUCCAUGAGGAGAGGGACCAUAUUUACUUAAUUCACUUGCUGAAUCCCGGUUUCUGGGACAGUGGCUGGCACACAAUAGGAGCUCAAUAAAUGCUUGUCAGAUAAAUGAAUGGAAGUAUGGGGUACCUGGGAAUAGGAAGGGAAAAUAGAACCAAACAAGCAGGAAGGGAGACUGGGGAGUAUCAGAGAAGGCUUCCUAGAGAAAGGGACUUUGAAGCUGGGUGCUAAAGGAUGUGUAGGAGUUCAUGAGGAAGACGGAGGAAGCAGCAUGUAUAAAGGAUCGCCUCCUGUCUCACCCACUCACCCCCAGCUCCUGAGAAAUAAAACCUGUGUUAUCUUGCUUCCACUGUGUUGAAUUUUAGCCGAGGAGACGGCCCUGAGACUCAGCCGAGCAGUGGCAGGCGGGGAUGAACAGGUCGCUAUGGAAUGUGCCAUCUGGCUGGCAGAGCAACGGAUACCCCUAAAUGUGCAAUUGAAGCCUGAGGUCUCCCCAUCACAGGACAUCAGGCUGUGGGUGAGUGUGGAGGAUGCUCAGUUGCACACUGUCACCAUCUGGCUCACAGUGCGCCCUGACAUGACGGUAGCUUCCCUCAAGGACAUGGUGUUCCUGGACUAUGGCUUCCCGCCAGCCCUGCAGCAGUGGGUGAUUGGGCAGCGGUUGGCCCGGGACCAGGAGACCCUGCACUCCCAUGGGGUGCGGCGGAAUGGCGACAGUGCCUACCUCUACCUGCUGUCAGCCCGCAACACCUCGCUCAACCCUCAGGAGCUGCAGCGGCAGCGCCAGCUGCGGAUGCUCGAAGAUCUGGGCUUCAAGGACCUCACGCUGCAGCCCAGGGGCCCACUGGAGCUGGCACCUCCGAAGCCUGGGCCCCCCCAGGAGCCAGGGCAGGGGCAACCUGACACACCCGCUCCUGAGCCCCCACCGGUGGGCUGGCAGUGCCCUGGCUGUACCUUCAUCAACAAGCCCACACGGCCCGGCUGCGAGAUGUGCUGCCAGGCGCGGCCUGAGACCUACCAGGUCCCCGCCACGUACCAGCCAGAUGCAGAGGAGCGAGCACGCCUGGCAAGUGAAGAGGAGGCGCUGCGCCAGUACCAGCAGAGGAAGCAGCAGCAGCAGGAGGGGAACUACCUGGAGCAUAUCCAGCUGGAUCAGAGGAGCCUGGUGCUGAACACCGAGCCCGCUGAGUGCCCCGUGUGCUACUCGGUGCUGGCGCCCGGCGAGGCCGUGGUGCUGCGUGAGUGUCUGCAUACCUUCUGCAGGGAGUGUCUGCAAGGCACCAUCCGCAACAGCCAGGAGGCAGAGGUCGCCUGCCCCUUCAUUGACAACACCUACUCAUGCUCGGGCAAGCUGCUGGAGAGGGAGAUCCGGGCGCUGCUGACCCCUGAGGAUUACCAGCGGUUUCUGGACCUGGGUGUCUCCAUCGCUGAGAACCGCAGUGCCUUUAGCUACCACUGCAAGACCCCGGACUGCAAGGGCUGGUGCUUCUUUGAGGAUGAUGUCAAUGAGUUCACCUGCCCCGUGUGUUUCCACGUCAACUGCCUGCUCUGCAAGGCCAUCCACGAGAAGAUGAACUGUAAGGAGUACCAGGAUGACCUGGCCCUGCGGGCUCAGAAUGAUGUGGCCGCCCGACAGACGACAGAGAUGCUGAGGUCCAUGCUGCAGCAGGGCGAGGCCAUGCACUGCCCGCAGUGCCAGAUCGUGGUGCAGAAGAAGGACGGCUGUGACUGGAUCCGCUGCACUGUUUGCCACACGGAGAUCUGCUGGGUCACCAAGGGCCCACGCUGGGGCCCGGGGGGCCCUGGAGAUACUAGCGGGGGCUGCCGCUGUCGGGUAAAUGGGAUUCCCUGCCACCCCAGCUGUCAGAACUGCCACUGAGCUGAAGAUGGCCCCGCCCCCAUGCUGACCCAGCCCCUCAUCCACAAGUUGCUGUGGGACAGGGCAGGUGCUCUGGCUCGGAUUUCUGGCCUGGGAGGUCCCUUCGCGCUUGGCCAAGGCCUCUGAGCUGCAUGAACAGCCUAGUUUGCUGUGGGUGUGGCAAGGGCCCCGCCUGAGCUGGCAGUUGUCCAUAGCUCCCUCUGCCCUAGUGCCUUUGCCCUUCCCCUGGGGCUUGCUGGCCAGACCUUUCAGUUCCUUUGCCACUCCCACCUUUGCCUGAGCCAGCCUUAAACACAGCCCUGGGCAGAAGCCUUGCUGGACAGAGCCUCUUGAGUCCUGUGUGAGUCCACCCCUGCCACCCCCCAUCCACCACCCUUGUCUCCUGAACAUGGAGCAUUCACAGCCUCUCACUUCCCCUGUCGGCUUUCUGGGGCAGACUUUUCUGUGGCUUUGCUGAUGGAGCCUGAGCCUCUUAGAACUGCUGCUAAUCCUGUUCAGAGCCAAGAGGGAGAACUGGCAGUUUCUAAAGCACAGCCCAUCUGGUCCAGCUUCCAUGUCUCCCUCUUUGCCACUGGCGUAAGCUAAUUAAAAUGGUUUUCCAGGAA